GUUUUAAGUUGAUUACCCCACACUCACCAUACCACCGUCAUUUUGCAUCUCAAUCCCUCAAUCACAGUUUCUCUCUCUUCUUCCUUAAUUCCCCUUUGCUAUAUUCCUUCUUCCUCCAUAUUCCUAACAAAAGGAUCGUCCGACCAGCACUGGCUGCCGCCAGUAGCCACUUCAAAGCACGGCCAGCCGCCGCCUGAAGGACGCCACAACCGCCACCGCCAGCAGCUGUCCACCGUGCGCCUCUUCCCAUUCUUUUCCCCAUUUUUGGUUUAUAUUGAUUUAAGCUCCUCUCCUCCCAUAUUAAGUCUCGCCCUUACCGCUGUCUGUCUUCUGCAUCCUCUUCAGGUGUUUACAUUCUUGUGUGAUCACCUCAAACUUAGCAAAGAUACAAACGACGAAGGAGAGAUUGUAGAUCUUUCCACAGCCGCCAUGGGAACACCAGAAACUUCACGAGAACCCUGCCCAGACAGAAUCCUCGACGAUGUAGGUGGAGCUUUCGCCAUGGGAGCAGUAGGUGGUUCUGUCUUUCACUUUAUCAAAGGUUCUGCCAACGCUCCUAAAGGCGAACGCUUUUUAGGCGGUUUCCAGACCAUGCGUAUGAGUGCUCCAAGAACUGGUGGUGGUUUUGCAGUUUGGGGUGGAUUAUUCUCAACCUUUGAUUGUAGUAUGGUUUAUCUUCGCCAAAAGGAAGAUCCAUGGAAUUCGAUCUUUGCAGGCGCUGCUACUGGUGGGUUUCUGUCGAUGCGACAAGGGCUGCGUGCUUCUGCAAGAUCUGCUGCUUUUGGUGGGGUUUUGUUGGCGUUUAUUGAAGGGGUUGGGAUAAUGAUUAAUCGGAUGACUUCCCCACCUCCUCAGAUUUAUGAGGAUCCGAACAUGCUUGGGUAUGGGAUGGGUGGGGCUAAUCCGCAAAUGGGUGGAGGGAAUAGUGGUGGGUUUGGUUUUCCGGGUCAAAUGAAAGAGUCUGAUGUGGGUGGGGAUAGUGGUGGGUCAGGUUGGUUUGGUGGGUGGUUUGGAGGUGGUGAUAAGAAGAAAGAGGGGAAUGGGUCUAGUGGAAGCGGGUCAAGUGGAAGUGAAGCUAAGGUUUUGGAAAGCUUUGAUUCACCUCCUAUCCCAAAUUUUGAUUACAAGUGAAGAUGAUCGUGGGCUGUGUUUCAAGGCCUCGUCGUAGCUGUUUACCGGGGAUAAUUCUCUCGCCUUAUCAUCAAUAAGUGUUCGAGGAAGAUUUUGACGCAUGGUUCCUUUUUUGGCACAAGUUAGAAUAGGAAAGAUGCAUUAUAGUCCUACUUUGUUGUAUAGUAAAUAUAGUACAAUUAAAAUUUAUCUAAGUUUUACGAACUUUAGCAUAGAGCGUAGCUGAUUAUUAUGCCCAAUGUUUGGCACAUUGGUCUGUUCCGAGUUCUAACACUUGUUCACGAAGCUCUGGUGAAACUUCAACCGAUUUAGAAAACUUCUA